AUGGAAAAGUCCACUUUUCAAAAUGCCGCUUUCCAAUUCGCUUUAAACAACAGUCCAAGUUCGGUUUCGCUCAGUGCACUUUUGAAUGUCGCCGAAGCCAGUAAGUUGAUCUUUGACUUGUGGAAAUUGGAGUUGGUAGACUCAAGUUUCAUUACUUUUGAAUACUAUUGUUGGAAGGAAAUUUGAGUUUCCAAAAUUUGCAAAAGUUAUGAAGCAUGAGAAAAAAUAUAGAAAGUGUUACCUAAAAUAAUAUAAUUAACAUUUUUAAUGAAAAAUAGAAAUAUUAUGGUUAAAAAUGUAAAAUUUGUGAAUUUUAAGAUAACACGGAAAAGGAUUUAAAAAAUGUUUUGUUUUGAAUUAUGUUUGUUACCUAAAAUUUUUAUUUUGGAAAUUUUGAUUUUUAGGUGGAAACCUAUUUUAUACAACUUACUGACAGUUUUUUUUUAUUUGGAUUUUUUUUGAAAAAUUGUAUUUUAUUAAAUACUUUUCAGAUGCCAGAACUCCACAAAUCCCAGUAUCACUCCUCCCAAACUCGACAAACUUCAUAAGUGCGGCAUUACAGCAAGUUCAGAAUACUGAAGUCCAGUCACAAUCCUCGUCAUCUCACAGUUUUGAGCAUGUGUUCGCAAUGCCAAUGGGCUUGGCCCAGGCUUCAUUGGAUGCUACCACCUUGUUCUCACCUUCUUCCAGCCUAAAGUCAUCUUCUUUUGUAUCAAAAUCGUCAUCUUCUAAGGGCUGCAACUUUUGUGGAUCAAUGAAUGGCCAAACACAAAAGGAACUGGUGGAAUGUGAUGGAUGUCAUACUGUGGCGUACUGCAGUGAUCAGCAUAAGGUGGGUUUUCGGGGGUGGUUUCGAGGGUUGAAGUUUGGAAACGUACUUCAUUUUAAGUAUAACCAAACUUCUUUUUUUGUUUCUUUAUCUUGUUUAUGUACAAUAUGGUGCUCGAACUCUAAUUCUGAUCUCCUCGAGUACUCAAAAUUCCUACGAUAAAUUUAAUCUUAAUUUUUGGACUCUGUAGUUUUACAAAAAAAACGUCUGUUUUGAUGACACUUUAAUGACAUUUUAAUCUCGUUUAGUCUCGCCUUGUCUAUUCUGGGCGUGCUGAUUAGUUUAAGUGCUAAAAUCUUUGUAUCUUCUAGUCGGAAGUCGAAAAAUCUUCCAAAAUGCACGUUUCGUUCUUAUUUUUAGUUUAUCUCUAUUUUGGCAGCGAAAUAAAAAGAUUCGCUUUUCAAAACAAAAACAGAUGUUGGUUAUGCUGGUUUAGGGGUUGGACAAUUAUGUUGAAGGUUAUGGUAUAAAAGGGGGAUCCGUUUUUAUAAAAGAAUGAUUUUUUUGCUUUUUAGUUGUAUCAUAAGGUAAUAAUGGUACAUAUGUAAUUUGAUACUCUGAUAGCUUGAGGUAUAAGUAUCGUCGUCAAUAUGAAUUGAUUUGCACUUUAAUAAGCGACGAAACUUUAUUGAUACUUUAGUACAUUAAGGUGUUAUAGUUGUUGAUCGAUUCUUAAGGGGCUUCAGUAGUCAAAAUCUUUUAACAACUUUUGCCACAGUAUAAUGUAACCUUAUUUAUCUAUGUUACACUAUGCUGAAACCUUAUACAAUAGCAUAGACACAACGUAAGCUCUGCUUGUCUAUCACAGCUCAAACUUGUUAUUGUGAAGCCGUGAAGGCUCCUAUUAAAGCAUACUGUAAUGACUACAAAAAAUUAGUGUAACAUUCCAAAACCUAAUUGGUCGAAGAAUGUGUUUACCGUAGCUUGCAGCUGGAAUGUGUUUACCGUAGCUACACGAUCUCACGUAGCCAAUUUUUUUGCUGAUUACGUGCAGAUCGUGUAGAACAAUAUGAUUUGCACUUUUAAUCCGUUAGAGAAGAAUUCAGAAGGAGAUUCGGUCUCUUGUUCAUGAUACAUUGUAACAAUCAAUCACGUGACUGGUGAUAUCUUACAUUUGGGUACGGGUUUGUGGUAGCUUGGAUUGUAUUAUGAUUGAGAAGUUAUUUUAAAGCUGAUGAGUUAAUUUGACUCAUAAUUUCUGAGUUUUGAUAAGCGUUCAAGUUUUUUUUUUAUUAGUGUUGUCAUUCGAAAAAUUUAUGUGCCCUUUGAAUGAGAUUUCUGUUAUACUAAAGUCAAGGUACCACAAGUCAGGUGUGGAAAAGAUAUCACAAAUUUAUAUAAAAAUCUCAGAUAACAUCAGUCACGUUAUUGAUUGUUACAAUGUAUCAUGAACAAGGAACUGAAUUGCUGUUUGACCUUAUCGCGCUUGAAACGGAUUACAAGUGUAAAUGUUUUGUUUCACACGUUUGCAACAUAAAAUAUGGUUAAUACAAUAUACGGUAAACAACAAGGGCUUUUUUUACUGUGAUUACCAACAUUCGUUAAUUUGAUAUUUGGUUAUUAAAAGUGGGUCUUGCUUAUGCUGCAGUAUAAUGUGGCUUUAUCUAUCCAUGCUACAUGCUGAAACCUUAUACAGUAGGAUAAACACAACAUAAUGUCUACUUGUCUAGGAUUGCUCAAACUUGUUAUUGUGAAGCGAUUAAGGCCUCUGGCGAAGCAUACUGUAAUGAAUAAAAAAAAUUAGUGUAACAUUCGAAAGUUUGAUCAAGAGUUUUUAAACAUUGGUUUUUUGGGGGGGGGGGGUUGUUUGGGGUCCACAGGUAGUUUGUGGACCUUUUUUCGGUAUCCACCCUUUCCCCCCCCUCCCCUCCCCCCCAAAAGAAAAUUCGUAGCGACCUGUAUGUAUCAUAUUUUCUUGGUCUUUUUUAUUAUUUUCUUUUGUUUUUGAAUUAGUUUUACUAUUUUUUUGUACUUUUUAUACACUUUUUAAUUUUUUUAUGAUCUUCUUGCAGUUUAUAAGCUUGUGUUAUCUUUUGACAUUUUAUGAAUUCUUGUGUUGUCUUUUUACAUUUUAUGAAAUUUGUUGGCAUCUUGUAAAAUUUUAUGAAAUUGUUCUUUGUUCGGCUUCUUUUGACAUUUUUUAAAACUUUUUUGUCAUAUUUUAAGAUUAAUAAUCAUUUCUUCCAUACCUCUUCAAAAUCCACCCUCCCUCUCCUUAUCACCUCCUCAAACUCAAUCAUCUCUUCCACCUUGAUUGUUGAUUCAUCGGCUGCAGGAGACAAAGUGUUGACUAGAUAUUAUUUGUUUGUGUUUUUCUCCAUUUCGACUGCUCACAAUUCCGUUCGAAUUUGCACGUAUACUUCAGCUUUUCCGCGUGCACUCUUUCGUCGCACUGUUCGUUUCUUUGCCAGCCUCCCGAUUACAUUCGCUUCCCCCCUUACUGCUUUCUCAUUUUUCUCAUAUUUUCGGGAGGAAAAACGGAGGAAUCAUUCGUCUUCAGGCGGAUUCAUAAUGGACUUUCCGGAGGGUUUGUUUGGGUUAGAUCAUGCUGGGGGAUAAGGUGAUGGACAUAUGAUUAUUAAGUUAUGAGGGAUACGAUGAGAAAGGUUGUUACGGUGGGAUAAGAUGUGAAAGGCUAGGGAGGGUUGAAUUGAGGAAGGCUAAGGAAGAAUGAGAUGAAGAAGGCUAGUCAGGUAUGACAUGGUGGUGUUAUAAUUGUUUUCUUUAACAGUUAGGAAUGUUUAAAAGCUAGAUUGUCUGAGAAUAUUGGAGAUGUUAAGGUACAUAAAGAGUGGUUUUGAGUUUUAAAAUAGCCAAAGGGAGCUUAAAAGAAGUUACAGUAGAAAAAUACGCGAAGAAAAGACUAUGAAGGCAUUACAGUAGUUAAAGAAGUCUAUACAGACUUUACAGUAGUUGAAAAAAGCAAUAUAAAAUUUACAGUAGUUAAAGAAGGCUAUAGAGACUUCAAGAAGACUAUAAAUCUUACAGUAAUUAUAGAAGGUGUUAAACAUGUUAGAGUUGUGUGAUUAAUUAAUAUUGGGGUUUUAAAGUAUGUUCAUCAUUUAUAUUUUCACUUUUUAUUGUAGCCUUGGACGUUUCAAACGUGUCGUAUAUAGUUAUCGUAGCUUUUGACGAUAACCACAUACGACGAUACGUUUGACUACAUAUUGUAAUAGAGAUAAAUGGACGGUGAAAUUUCGGGUUUAUGGCUGUUGUUGCUAUAUUAUUGAUACUACUCUUCUUUUGCUUUAUCAUACUUUUAUUAUUGUAAUAAUAUUUCUUUUUUACUGUAGUAAUAUUAUACUUAUUUUUUAAUGGUUAGUACUACUUUCUGUAUGGUUUUACUGUCUUAAUACCGCUUAUUUUUGUUUUUACUACUUUAAAGCCAAUUUAAUUUAAAUUUUUCGCACUUUUUUCGAGAAAAGAUUUUACAACCUUCAAACUAUUUCUAACAUCAAUGUAAAACCAGCUAAUUUAUAAUAAUAUGAUUAAAAAUAACAGUGUUAUAACAAGAUCAUCCCACCGUAAAAUUGGAAAUAAUAGUCUUGCUUACGAAACAAAGUUAAUAGGUAAACAAUGUUUGGUUUCGUAUUCGCUUCUGUCUAAAAUCAUUUUAAUUAUUGUUUUGUUCAUUUGAGAAAUUAAAGGAGUAACUAGGCUUAUAUGGGGUAUUAAAUAGUGAAUAUGAUCUUUAUAUAGAGUUUAGGGGUGAACAGGGAUCUUGCUACAGACUUUUUUGGAGAAGGUUUGGAUUUACUCCACAUUUACUACUUCUUCCUUCUAGCUGUGGCUUUGGGGGACCCUGGGGGUUGUAGUUAGGGAAAACAUGUAGUGAUUUGAAAGGUGAAUGUAGUUUUUAUAAGAUAAUUAAAUUCUGAAUCUAGUCUUUUUGUUACUAAACAAGUAAGGUAUAAUAGUUUUUAUAGGAUAAAAACGAAUAACUAGGGACAUUUGUAGUUUAAUCUGUGUUUAUAUGUGAAUAUAAUAUUAAGUUUUCAAUUUAUUUUUGAAAUUCAGCUGGCAUUAAAGAAAGUUCAAGAGUUUGAAAAAGGGUUUUAAAGAAAGCAUUCAAAUUUAAAAUGAACCGCUUAAAAACAGAUUUUUUAGAAUAUUAUAUAGUUUUAAAAAUUUUUUGAACUUUUGAAAAAUAUUACAAUUAAAAAAUUUUUUUUUUAAUUUUUGGCAAAUUUAAACUUUUUAAAUUCUUAUAUCUUGAUGACGUUUUGAAGCUUAAAAAUACUGAAAAUGUAAGCCCACAAAACAUAAAAAAGCUGUUUUCAUGAUUUAUUGCCUGUUAUCUUUACUGUUUUCUCAGGCUGAGGAUAGGUUAUCAGUAUGGAGAGAUGCGUGUUUUCCAACAAUAUACAUGUCUUUUCUGAAAUUUGUCAAUUGUAAAGCGGUUGGUCGCCUCUACUUUUCAUAACUCACGUUUUUUAUUUGGUAAUGAUGUUCAGAAUGUUAGAAUAUUGGGUUGUUCAAAUAAUUAUGUGCUCUCUCUGAAAGCGAAUUUUUGGGAUUAGAGGGCACAGAAUUAUUUGAACAUUUUAUUAAAUGUUCAAUAUAAGCCUAAUUUUAACCAAAUUUCCAAAAAUCGAAUGUCUUUUAAACUCAUGACAUUACAAAAGUUUUGGCGUUUUUAAACUUGGAAAACAAUGUAAAUUGCCGACAAGACUUUUUCUCCAUAUUCUAGUAACCUUUUUGCUCAAAUUUGACCUUGUUUUUGACUUUUCUAAUCGAAAUUUGGCAAAAUCUACCUAAAAAUCAAUUGGGGAACAAAUAUCACGUAAAAUAUGCAAAUUACUGCCCAAGUUGUUGUUGUUUUGACGCAAAUCUUAUUUUUUUCGAUUUUUUUACAUUUUUUGAAAGAUUUCGCAAUUUUCAUCAAAACUUUCACCGCUUUUUUGUGGUGAAAUUUGGGGGGAUUUACAUGCGGUGGAGAAGCUUACAUGACAUUCGCGACUUUGCGUUCUCUCUCUUCGACGAGUUGUCUUUGAAGUUUGUGGUCGAUUUGUGUUCGUCACGAGCUUGGGAAUUUGAAUAAAACGUUUGGAGUGGUCUUACCUUUCGAGAUCGACUAUUUUGUUCAUUUUGCGGGUGGAUUCUCUACGGAAUAUACGAUUUAUUCUGGCAUUUUGUGACGGUUUGGGCUGUGAUUUGAUUGGAAAUUGUAGUGGUCAAUAGAAAUUGUCAUAUUUUCUUGGCGAAGACUCAAAUUUUUGGUUGUAUACUGGUCUAAAGCCUCUUAUCAUCACUGUCUUGAACUUAAUCAUCUACUUUUUUGGCCUUUACCAGCUCCUUUCUUCAUCUUUAUCAUUGGAUCUGACAAAAACCGACCCAAUCUCGGUGGUUUUUUGAUGCUUUUAUAUACCAAACCCUGUCGUGCCACAAAACUAACUGUCUAAAGUCCAGAUCUAAAUGUUGAAUUAUUGCAGAAAUUCGAUUGGAAACGUCACAAACCGAUUUGUCGCACCACCAGGAUGAAGGUCGCGCAACAUAUUGUGAAUGAGCCCAUGGACACCACCGUCAGCCAAAACUCGCUUCAUUCUAUGUCGGCCAGCUGCUCCAGCUCCGGUAAGGGGUUUCAAAUUGAAAUUUUUUAAAUUUGAAGUUUUUGGAAAUUUGAAAGUGGAAAUUUUGAAAAAUUUGUUUUUAGGUAUUAAAUUUUCUUUUUUGAAGACAUUGAAAUUUUGAUGCAAAAUGAAUGGCGCAUCUGAUAAUAAACUUUUUUAUACUUUUUAAACUGCCAGAACUUAUUAAAAUACUCUUUUUGAUUAAACACAGAUAAUUUAAAACACUUUUCCACAUAAAAUGAGUAAGCUUACGAGCAGGGAAUGCCUCUUUUAUGGAGGUUACGUGACUAUCGUUGCAAAACCCGACUUUCAAAGUUAUUUAUCUUUUUUCAUUUUCUCAUUUGUGAGGUUACGGUACUUCGAAGGGACAAAUUGGCUUAAACUAAAACGUUUCAACAAGAUAAAAUAUCAUGUUAACAAUGUGGUUUGAAAUUUUUUUUUAAUUUUGAAUGGUUAUAGGAUGGUUUUAGGGGUUUUUUUAAAGGUUUUUGGCGGUAGAUAAGAAAUAUUGUAGUAGGUAGGGGUAUAUUGGUUUAGUUAAGAAUAUAUUGCUAUUUUUAAGGAUACAUUGUAGUAGGCAAGAGUAUAUUAUAUUAGUUAAGGGUAUAUUGUAGUAGGCGUUUUUGAAAAAUGACUUUGAAGUAUCGAAAAAAUUUUAAAAUUAAAAAAUAUUGAUCGUAAUAUAAAAUACCAAAAAUCACUUGACAUUUCAAAAUUUUGAGUACAAUGUAAACAAAAAAACAGCAAAAAACAAUAAAACGUCAUCUUUUUCAGGAUUCUCGGAUGUGUCGUGCAGCUCGAACGGCUUCGGUCAAGAACGUUUGAUCGAGACGGACGAUCCAGACAUCAACAUAAUCGAGACCGAGUCCUCGCCACGCAAAGUUCAGAAGCGCCGAAUGAGCGACGAAAGCCCGCUGAACCCGCAAGGCAAACCCUACAAGGAUCAUUCCAAGAACUUGUUGUUCAAGACGACUCUCCAGGAUCAUAUGAAGUCGCUGGCGUCGUCGGGCUUGGCUUUGAACAAGCACAAGGCUAUUGCUUUUAGGCUUAGAGUGGGUUUUUUGGUUUUUUAAAAUUUUUUUAUGUUGUUUUUUCCCAAAAAAUUACUUUUUGUGAUUUCAGUACAUUGCCGAGCAUGUAAUACGAUCUCUGAACGAAUACGGAUGGGCGGUUGUAGAUAAUUUCAUGGGGAAAACUCAUUGUCAAUACACAUACAAGGAGAUUGAGCAGCUGUACAAUCGAGGGUUGUUCAAGGAAGGCCAGCUGAUGGAAGACAAGGAUGAGCCACAAGUCAAUACUAAGGAUAUUCGAAGUGAUAAGGUGAGAUUUUUUUAAAUUUCAAUCUGAUUUUGGGGAUUUAAAAUAGUUUUGUUGAAUUUUUGAUGAUUCUUGGCUUUUUUAGUUAAUUUUGGGGCAUUUUAGGGAUGUUAUUGUGGGUUUAAAGAGGUUUUUGAUAGUUUAUAUGGACUUUAAUUUACUUGUUUUGAAUGAUCUAAAUUAUAAACUUACUAAUUAUAUUAUUGUAGAUCUACUGGUUUGACUCUUCCGAGAACAAGGCUCGAGAUGCCGUAACAAUCCGCUUACUGGUCUCAAUGAUUGACUCUGUCAUUGUCCACUUCCAGAACCGUAUUCCUCCAUAUCAAAUCGCGGGUAGAUCGAGAGCCAUGAUCGCAUGCUAUCCGGGGAAUGGCACUCGAUACGUAAAACAUGUAGAUAACCCAAUAAAGGACGGAAGAUGUAUCACAUCGAUUUACUAUUGCAACGACGACUGGGUACUGUCAGAUCACGGUGGAACGUUGAGAUUGUAUCCGGAAACAUCGAGAGUACCAAUGGAUAUCGACCCUCAAGGCGAUCGACUGGUAUUCUUUUGGUCGGACAGAAGGAAUCCACAUGAAGUGUUGCCUGUGUUUAGACAUAGGUAAGGGUUUUGAUGGUUGGGUAGGGGUGUUUUAGAGUUUUUAGGAAGUUUUUAAUUUUCUGCGAAAUUGAUACCUAAAAAGCAAAUUUUUAAGUUUUUGAGGGUUUUUAGUUAAUUUUUUUGAAACUUUGUUUUUUAAAUGUGCUGGUUUUUAGGUAUGCGGUAACGAUCUGGUACUUUGAUCAAAAUGAAAAACAAAAGGCCAAAGAACGUCAGCGAUUGGAAGAGAAAGAACAGGCUGAAGCAGCAAUGGGCAUCAACUCAGCACAGAGAAGUAAGAUUUUUGUUUUUUAGGUAUAGUAAGGUGAUAUACUGUGAUUAUGGUACCUAUUAUCACAUUUUUUAAAUUUGGAUUUUGAAUUUGAAAAACACUUGAUUUUUUACAAAUUCUUGACUUUUCAGCAUCACCACCUCGUACAGACGCUAUGGACACCUCUAACUAUCCACCCAAGUAUCGUAUGAAAACCUCUUUCGAUGACGACGAGGACCAGGAUGAUGUUCACCCUGCCCAACCCGCUAGCAAAAAGUACAUACCCGAUUUUGAAGUCUAG